AUGAGCGGUUUCUCUAGGCGCAGCGAGGGAAACGACAACUAUCUCAUGAACCCAUCAAUGGCAGUUCCCGGCACUUACAGUCACCCAGAUAGCCAUGAGUAUGGUGGAGGAGGAUCUGGCACAUAUCACUUUCCCCAGCAUUCCUUCAAUCCAUACGGAAAUCAAUUCAGCCCUCCGUAUGGGCAGCAGUCGAAUCUCUCCCCAGGAAUGCAGCAUCUACAGUAUGCAUCGGAGCACACUAUCCCCUCGAUGUCUACCACGGAGGAUAUGAGACUUCACCAUCCUCCCCCGCAGUACAUUACUCAGCCCCGCUAUCUACAAUCUCCAAGAUACCUGCCGCCGCGUGACGCUCUUGGUGAGACGGAUAUCGAGAGCCAAGAGUCCCGAAACGAGGGCACAAUGCUCUCAGAGCCCGUGGUGCCUGCCCUCGAUGGAUUCCCAGAUGUGAAAGAAUUCGAUCAGCUCAUGCAGAGCUAUGUGGACGACCUCUCCGUGAAGAAGCAGGACAAGGCAUUGAUUCACGCCAAAAGAGCGCGAAACAUUCAAACUGUGUUGAUUGAUCCCAAGGAUACUGCAGUCGAGUCUGCUCAAUUUCGGUUUUGGGUCAAGAAAAUGUUCAAGCUUCAAGCAGUCGGCAUUGGAACGGCAGAUUGCCGAAAAAUGAUUUGUCAUGAAGGAAAGCCUGUGGCAAUUCGGGAGAAAUUGUUCAAGAUUCUCACCAAGGCGCAUCAACAAUGCCAGCAUGGUGGUCGUGACAAGACUUCUGCACAAGUCCGACGGAUAUACUCAUGGGUUCCCAAAGAAUUGAUCUCUCGAUUCGUCAAGAUAUGUCCGACUUGCCAGGUCCGACGUGGGGGGUCUCGUCUGACGCCGCCAAAUUCCCGUCGAGGCUCACCCCGACUUGAGAUGGUGCCCCGAUCUCCUAAGCUCCCAUCACCUCCGAUCGUCAAACGGGAAUCAUCAUAUGGGGCGCAGCCAGAAUACAUUAACCAGUUCCACGGUCACAACGGGUGGAUAGACAGCCCUCAGAGUCUCCAGGGCCGUUCUUCCUUGAACUCCGGAGUUCGAUCCUUCCCUGGGCCGAUGAACGGCCUCUCCCACUCAAUAUCCGGGGGUAUGGAUCCAUUUUCAGCUGAUAUGUCGGUGCCACCAUCUCAACUGAGUUAUACGACGGAAUAUGUCCCGUCCCACGGGACCCCAAGUCAACGGGGCUUUUGA